CGGUCCUUAGCUUUACCCUCUCUCUCAAUCAUGAAUAAAAGAAAGGCCACGGAGCCUAUCGGCGCGCUCGGCUGCCUCCUCCUACAACGUGCUCCAAAGUUAGCCACUUAAACUACCCCCAUCCAGCCAGCAGACGUUGUUAUCAAAACUAGCAGACCUCCAACAGUACCACGACAAAGAAUAAAAUAACCUUUGCUCAAGCCGACUUUGAGAGCAAGACGCCCGACUUCCUCAACACACUUCCGUGCAUUGCACCUUGCAGCGAGGGUUCUUUUCCUUCUUUUCGCGGAGACACGCCGCAAGGCACUUGACCACCUCUUUUGACUUUUUACUUCUAUUUUUGAUGGGGUGUAGUGCGUCGGAUUUUCUGCUUGGAGUUUCGAAGUCAUUGGUUUGCGCUCUGUGUACUUUUCAGAAGAGUAGACAAUUCGUCAAAGAUUAAUUGUGGACCUGUUGGCGUGACUGAUUUCUUUGGCUUUGUAAGUUUCCCGAUUUUUCAGAAGUAGCUGGAAUGGCUACUUUACCAGGAACAGUACCACGAAUGAUGCGUCCAGCCCCAGGCCAGAACUAUCCCCGAACCGGAUUCCCUUUGGAAGAUAAAUAUGUUUGUUAUGGAACAGUAUCAACACCACUGGGCCAAGGUCGAGUGAAUCAACUCGGUGGAGUUUUCAUCAAUGGAAGGCCUCUGCCAAAUCAUAUCCGACACAAGAUAGUAGAGAUGGCUCACCACGGCAUCCGGCCCUGCGUAAUCUCGCGACAGCUGCGAGUCUCCCACGGCUGUGUGUCCAAAAUCCUCUGUCGGUACCAGGAGACGGGCUCGAUUCGUCCUGGGGCAAUAGGUGGAAGCAAACCCAGGCAGGUGGCAACGCCGGACGUGGAAAAGAGGAUUGAGGAGUACAAACGCGAAAACCCGGGGAUGUUUAGCUGGGAGAUAAGAGACAAACUCCUGAAGGACGGGGUGUGCGACAGAAGUACGGUUCCUUCAGGUGAGGCCUCAUCCGUGAGCUCUAUUAGCCGGGUAUUGCGCGCACGCUUUGGGAAGAAAGAUGACGAUGAUGAUUGUGAUAAAAAGGAUGAAGACGGGGAGAAGAAAACCAAACAUAGCAUCGAUGGGAUACUUGGGGAUAAAGGUAACCGCACGGACGAGGGCUCGGACGUGGAGUCGGAGCCGGACCUGCCCCUGAAGAGGAAGCAGCGGCGCAGCAGGACCACCUUCACGGCGGAGCAGCUGGAGGAGCUGGAGAAGGCAUUCGAGCGCACGCACUACCCCGACAUCUACACCAGGGAGGAGCUGGCCCAGAGGACCAAACUCACAGAGGCACGCGUGCAGGUGUGGUUCAGCAACCGAAGAGCCAGGUGGCGUAAGCAAGCAGGAGCCAAUCAGCUAGCUGCAUUCAACCACCUUCUGCCAGGUGGCUUCCCUCCCACUGGAAUGCCCACCUUACCCACGUACCAGCUUCCCGAGUCCGGCUACCCCGGCGCCACCCUCUCACAAGAUUACACAAUAACACACUGUGUGAUGGCAGAUGGGAGCAGCACGUUGCACCGGCCCCAGCCCCUGCCUCCGUCCUCCAUGCACCAGAGCGGGCUCUCGGCGGACAGCGGCUCCGCCUACGGCCUCUCGUCGGCCAAUCGGCACGGCUUCUCCAGCUACUCAGACACCUUCAUGAGCCCGUCGGCCUCCGGCAACCACAUGAACCCCGUCAGCAAUGGCCUCUCCCCACAGGUGAUGAGCAUCCUGAGCAACCCCAGCGCAGUGCCCUCUCAGUCCCAGCACGACUUCUCCAUCUCCCCCCUCCACGGCAGCCUGGAGUCCUCCAACCCCAUCUCGGGCAGCUGCAGCCAGCGCUCUGACUCCAUCAAGGGCGGCGUGGACAGCCUGGCCUCCUCCCAGUCCUACUGCCCCCCCACCUACAGCGCCUCCAGCUACAGCGUGGACCCCGUCGCCGCCGGAUACCAGUACAGCCAGUACGGCCAAACAGCCGUGGACUACCUGGCCAAGAACGUGAGCCUGUCCACCCAGAGACGCAUGAAGCUGGGGGACCACUCCGCUGUCCUGGGCCUGCUGCAGGUGGAAACGGGCCAGGCCUACUGAGGACCUCCACACCCCCUCAAAGCAUUACCAGCAGCCUCACAUACACACACAGCGAUGCUUACACACACCAACAAUACACACUCACACGCGCGCACGCGUAGAUACAUACAUUCCUUCAUACCCUGAUGCACACACACAUUCACACUCACUGAGACACACAAAUACGGAUGAACAGACACACACACUAGCACACAUGCUCACUGUUGUGGGAGGGCUGAAGUUGACAUUAUGGUAGCUGGGUAGGCAUUCAGCGGCUGUUAAGAAGAGCGUGUUGUUCCAUCAUUAGCCACUAGGAGGCGGCUCCCCAACCCCUCCCAACGUCAGCCUCGCUCAGCGGAUGACCUGCAGGCCUUCAAGAGACCCGCGGAACUCAGUGACUUUUGCUUUUGGCCAACAUUUAAAGCGCCACCCGUGUGUUCCUCCAUGCAGAGCCAUUUUGCGAUUGUUUUGUUUUUUCCAACUUUGCUGUUUAUAGUUCUCUAUGAAUUCAAUGUCCUAAAAUGGAGAAAUGAUUCAAUUUUUAAUGUAUAUUGUUAUUAUAAUAAUUAUUAUAGUUGUUGUAAUUAUGAUUAUUGUAACGCUAUUGUUUUUUCUAUUCCAGUUGUAGCAUUCCUUCUUUGUUACUUUUUUUGUUGGCGUUAAUGUGAUGCUAGCCAAUGGCUGUGGAAGAGAGAGAUUAUUAAACAAGAGAGUGAGAGAGAGAAAGAGAGAGAAAGAGAGAGGGACACACACACACACCCCCACACACCUCUUCUCUCCUCCCCUUUCCUGGUGUUCCCUGAGCUCUAAUGUUUGUGAGUGAUUUGACCUUCCCGACUUUAAUAUUUCACUUGACAUUCCAGAAGGACUUGGCCACUCUGUGGGAAGUCUGGCUGUGUGUAUUCCGCCGGGAAUUAGCCGCACUAAGAUCUUCCAUCCCCCAGAAUCACAUUCCUCACCCCCCACCUCUAAAAAUGAAAACCAUUGAGAUGGCAGCAAGCCCCCCGCCCCCCUGACAAAGAAAACAUAUUGACGAAAUGACGUCAGAUUUUUAAAAAGUAAACUUUCGCAAAGGAGGACCAAAUUACCCAACCCUCAAGCUUAUCAGCCUGGCCUAUCCCUUCUGUCCAGGUCCAGCUUCUGUUUGAAGUGGGACAGCAGAGUUAAGUCAACACGCUGUGACGCACACCGACCUUUGACCUGUUCUCCUGCCCUGAACACGCUUGCAUGGCUGCGUCAUUUUGCUGCAAACAUGUGGCCGUCUAAUAAAUCAUGAGCUCUAGAACAUUCUAGAACAUUCCACAGAUGCCUGUAAAAUCGGGAGAAUUUUCUUUCUUUCUCUCUCUCUCUCUCUCUCACACACACACACACAGCACAAAACAAGAUUAAGGUCCAAGGCUGUGGCAUUCACACGCACUUUGACAAAUCAUAAAAUCCUCUAAACAACGAAACGGGAAAAGCGGCCAAGUCCUAUGUACCUCUCUCUUUCACUCCCCCCAGUCUCUCCCUCCCUCCCUUUCUCUCUCUCUCUCUCUUUCUCUCCCUCCGUCUGUCUCUCUCUCUUUCUGUUCCUUACAAAUGUAAACACAGGUGCCCCCCCCCAAAAAAAUCUCUGAUUCCAAAACUCAUAAGCAUUCACAGAGUUGUACAAAACAACACAUUUUGUUUUUAAAGGUUAGUGGAAUUUUCAACAUUUGAGUAGUGAUCCUAGUUUGACACGUUUGUCACAACAUGUUUAGUCGCUUCAGAAUGCCAUUGUACAGUAGAGCGAGCAGACUGUGUACUGUAUGUUUAUAAAGAGUAUGUUUUAUACUAAAACAAAGAUGUUCAGUGAUAGAUGAAGCAAGGGAUAUGUGUUAUGUCUUAUGAUGUUUUUUUGUGUUCACUUUUUUUUUGUUUACCCCUUUGUUCAUUUUAGUUUUUGUUAUGGUUCAUUUGUACAUUUUCUACUGAGAAUAUAUUGUGCUAUCUUUGUUCCCAAUGCGAAACAAUUCUGAUAAAGGCUUCUAUCACUGAAACGAUCCUAAUGACAGUUUACACCCUCAACUAUUAACAAAACCAGAAA